AUGGCGGCCUCAAAGUUUGCUCUACUAUUAUUGUUUGUGUGGUGUUUUUCUGAGUUUCAUAUUGGAGUCGGAGUACAAAACUUAUCAAGAGAAGAAGGUAUUGAAUUGAAGAAGCAACUCAAACUUUUGAAUAAGCCUGCUGUCACAACUAUCAAGACAAUAUAUGGAGAAAAAUAUGAUUGUGUCGAUUUCUACAAACAGCCGGCUUUUGAUCAUCCUGCAUUGACAAACCAUAAUUUUCAUCCUGAGAUGAGACCGAACCAAUAUCCUAAGGGGAGAAUAUAUGAAGAUUCCUUUACGACUCAUCAACCAUUCAUUAAUAUAUGGCAAAACGGUCAAGGAUGUCCAACCGGUACUGUUCCUAUCAAGAGAAUAACUAGAGAUGAUUUCAUCAAAAUCCAAUUGGUCAGAGAAAUAUAUGCUGAAACAUAUGAGCCCCUCACAAUUCAAGAACCAGGCACACAUUAUGCUAUAUUAUACACAAAUCGUGGCACGGGAAAGAAGUUCAAUGGAGGAGGAAUGGGAACCACUGUAUACAACCCACAACCAGUCACUGGCUCUCAAUACAGCUCUUCUCAAUUAAAGGUUGCAAAUCGUGGAGACAGUAUAGAAGUUGGAUGGACGGUGAAUCCUAGUCUUUACAAAGACAAUCGUACUCGACUUUUUAUUUAUACAAGAGCAGGUGCAUCACGUUGUUUUAAUACACGUUGUCCUGGAUUUGUAAUUGUUAGAACAGAUCUACCCCUUGAUAUGAUUCUUGAGCCAUAUUCUCGAGUGGGUCACAACAUAUACGGGAAAACACUCCAAAUUCAGCGGGAUCCUCCAAAUGGGAAUUGGUGGCUUCAAGUUGGACCAAAUAUGACUCAAGUUGGAUUUUGGCCGAAGAACAUUUUCACAGGAUUGGCAGAUCUCGCAACUUAUAUAGAAUGGGGAGCAAAAGCAUACAGUCCUCCAACAAUUCCUAGUCCUCCAAUGGGGUCAGGGGAACCGAUGAUUACUGGGGAUGUAACAAGAGAUGCAUUUGCCAAAGAUAUAACUACUAUAAAUGAAGCUUCCCAAAUUGUUGAUGCUACAGAGACCUCAACCUUUGAAGAUAUCAAAGAAUAUGAAGUUUUAGAUGAGGGAAUUACUACAGAAUAUCGACAUCUUAUAUAUUAUGGUGGCGAGGGUACUUACGUUGGGAAAUAG